AUGUCAUCUCAACUACCCUCCAGCUUUAAGUCCAGCCGUCCAUCCCAGCAACGUCUAUUAAAGCUGCUUUUGAAAGGAGGAACAGUGAUCCUCCAUGCUCCUGACGACCACAUUCAGAUUCUCAAGACUGAUAUCUUGAUAGAGGGCAAUCGAAUUUCCCAGAUAGGCGAGGCAAUCUCUAGAGAUAGCUGUACCAACACUAUUGACUGCACCUCAAAGAUUAUCUCGCCAGGGUUCAUUGACACUCAUCACCAUCUUUGGCAGACUCAGCUUAAGGGAAGGCAUACCAAUCACCUCUUGCUUAAUUAUAUAGCAUCCGGGAAUCUUCAAUCUUCCAACUACAAUCAAGGCGAUAUCUACUGGGGUCAGCUGGGGGGCUGCCUGGAAUCCAUCAACGCAGGAACCACGACAGUCUUUGAUCACUCACACAUCAACUGCUUUCCCGAAGCUGUGUCUUCCGGCAUUCGCUGCAUUUAUGGAUACUGCCCAACUCCACGGGUCACCUCUUGGUCGCCAUUCACGCUGGCGCCUGAUGUUCUUGCAAUAUGGGUCAUAGAUGGCCUUGAGAGCCUUGCUACGAAAGCACCUUUUAGUGACGGGCGAGUGACACUUAGGUUUGCGUUCGAUCAGUGGUUUCUGCCCUCAGAAAUCAUCCAGGAUACCUUCCGCAGAGCAAGAGCUGCCGGAGUCAAGUUGGCAACAACUCACGCAAUCCGUAAUGCUCAGAUCAGCAUGGCCGACCCGAUUGAGCAUAUAGAGGCCCUCGGUCUUCUUGAUUCUGACAUCGUCUUGAGCCAUGCCAAUAGCAUUCCAGCGAAAAGUAUCAAGGCAAUUGCAGACGCAGGAGCCCAUAUUAGCAGCACGCCUUCUGCAGAAAUACAAAUGGCAGCCGGCUAUCCAGCAUAUCUGGACGAUAAUUUGCCAGGAGCGCAGAAGCAGUCGAGUCUGGGCAUCAACUGUCACAGCAACCAGGCCGCCAGCAUCAUCUAUAAGAUAAGGCUCGCUUUGCAAGCUUUGAGGGCCAAAGGACACGAGAAGUAUAUUAAUCAGGGAAAAGCCCUACGACAUGCUCUCAAGACCGUGGAGGAGGCAUAUAACCUCGGCACAAUACAGGGCGCCAGAGCAUUAGGAAUAGAAGACCAGAUUGGAAGUAUCGCUGAGGGGAAAUUGGCUGACUUAGUCAUCUUUGACGGGAACAGCCCCGAGCUUCUGUGUGCGACAGAACAAGAUCCAGUGGCUGCAAUCGUGCAGCACAGCAGCAUUGGCGGCGUGGAAAUGGUCAUUGUGGACGGCAUCAUUCGGAAACGAGAAGGGAAGCUUCAGGAAGCGCUGGUCGAACCAGCGUUUCAAGACAUUGCAGGCGACGGCCCCCUGCAGUGGAGUCAGAUCGCAGCUGAAAUCCGGCAGUCGAGGGAACGCUUGCGAAGACGCGAAGCCAAGGAGCAGAAUCACAACGAGGUCAAGAAAGGACUUAUCCAAAGCUUUUACAUAGAUAAGUCUAAGUUGGUGGGCGAAUUGAGAAAGUAA